AUGGCCAGAACAAAGCAGACAACAAGGAGAUAUAGGGCGGAUGGUUCCUUUUACCAUUCGGACAGUGAGACUGUCAACUCUGAUGGCUCAAUUAGGGUGCCUGCUAGAGAAAUCUCUGAGAACCCCCCAAACCUUUCAUCUGACCUUCCCCAAACUCCAACUUAUUAUUCUUCCCCUUCUUCGAGCGGCACCCCCAGCGAUACCAUACUGCGGGAAGCCAACAGUCAAUACAAGCCUGAGCCUUCAGAACAGGCAUCAGAGGAGAGUCUAGGGGAGGACCCUACUGGCCCCAGCCGGCAGUCCCCUAGCUCUGGGGAGAGCUCUGAUGACGAUUCGGCCUCUUCAUCCUCUGAAAAUUCCUCCGUUACUUCAGAGGAGGCCAAAGCAAAGAUAAGCACUACAAGGGAAUCCUUGUCAGUGGAGAGGGGAGAAGGCUGGGUCAAGCCGAACAAAGCUAUGGAAAAGAUCUCGGUAACGAUAAAGCCAGCUGUCGUCUCUAUGGCGAAAUAUCGCUCGAACGUCCUUAAUCGAGCGAGUGACGAGCUGAAACCAGUCGGGACCCCCAAGAGUGGCUCCACAAGACCUUCUCCCUCUAAGCAAUCCCAAUCCAAAAUCCAAAAGACUGGGACGGGUGAUGUGAGUGCAUCCGGCAAGAACCGGAAGCACAUUGCUCACAAGCCCAAAAAAGGAGACGGCUCUACUCUCGAAGCUGACAUGGAGGUCAGCAAACCGGAUGCCAAUCAGGCAUCGAAGGGUGGCUUUAAGCAACCCAGUACUGCUGUCAGCUCAGCAGGAGAGAAGAGGCGUCAUGGGAAGGAGGAGGAGGUUCAACCGAAUGCUCCUGUGCAACGGCCGACCGUCGUCCAGAUGGCCAAGGAGAUGCUGAGGGCGCUUGAUCUAGAGGAUAAGGCGUCCGUGAGAGGAGUCGGCACCCUUAACUUGGAUGCCAUCUUGGGGAAUCUCUGCUAUGCUGCGCAUUCAGGGGCUAAGGAAGCCUCUCCAGGAAAAGUCCAAAGAGAGAUUAAAGCAAUAGAGUUGAAACAGGAGGAGUUGAUCUGGAGCUUGACAGCUGCGAAUGAUAAAGCCACCAGCCGGACUAAUGACCUUAAGGUAAAACUGAAGGAUGCUCAAUCUGAACUCAAGGCAUUAGAAGACGCUGACAAGGAGAACACAAAGCUCCGGGCAGACGUCAAAAGCUUGGGGGUGGAGAUCGUCAAUCUGCGGAAUCAGCAGGCAGAUGAGAUUACCAAGGAGCAGACCCGACUGAGCGAGGAGAAUGAGCAGGAAAAUGCUGCCCGCCUAAAGAUAGCAUGGGGGCUCCUCUAUCCGGAUGUGGACUUUGAAGUCUACAAACUUAGGUAUGAUUACGCCACUGCGGUGUAUGAUGCCCAAGUGCUAGGAGAGGCAGCUCCGCCUCGCUUCAAGGAUUGGGCUACAGAGCUGGGAUAUGAAGUCUCAGAUAAUGAGGAGCCGGUGGAGGACGAACAAAAUGAAGGCAUCCAGCCUCAGGUGGCUGAUGACCAAUCAGAAGCCCUCCCAGCCGGUCAGAACCAGCCGGAGUAG